AUGGAGUUCCUAGCAUUCCAAAAGGCCUUCACUUUCCUUUUCGGCACAGCAAUGAUCAUAAAGUCAUUCAUAAGUGACAGACAUUCAUCAAUAGCCAAAUGGAUGAAGGAGGACUGUCUGACACGUUGUAGAGAAAUUGGAAAACCAGCAGUACAACACUUCUUUGACAGCUGGCAUAUUGCAAAAACCAAAGUUGAUGACGAGGGAAAGCCUAUUCUACAUGUCAAAUACCUAAAAUUUAAAGAGGGAGUAGCGACAGUAAGGGCAGCCAAAGUGGCAUCGAACUAUGAUUAUGUUGCAGAAAUCUACAAAACCCUUACAACCACCCCAAGGGCAGAACUUAAGUUGCUGGAAGAAGAGCUAAAGCAUGAAGUCCCUGAUCCCAUGCACAGCAUGCUGGAGGAUAAAGAAGAUAAGGGGGAGGCAAUUAUCAAAUAUAAGCGACGGAAAGAAAGGGAAACAGUAAUAAUCCCGCCUACAUGCACUGAGGAGGAGCUUCAAGAGACAAAUGAGAGGACGGCCAGUGGUAGAAGACCUCCUCACUGUUCAAAGUGUGGACAACCAAAACGGGGUCACAAGAGGGACCGGUGUCAACCAGAAGACAAUAAUUAA